UUUUUUAACUGAUCUGAGAUCAUGACGUCAUGAGGUGCCUCUGAUUGAGAGAUCUAGAGUUAUCAUGCGCCUGGAGUCAUUUAUCCUCGUUAUUCCUCCUACUAAGAGUAUGGAGGGCACUGAUUUAAAUGAAAUGAAGGAAAUGAUCAUUUUGUCGAUUCUGGCUUCUUAAUGUGGAUCAGCACUACAGUGGCAUCCUACCAUCGUGAGGGCUUUUUUACUGUUUUAAAUUGUAUUUUGCUGAAAAAGAUGAAUCCAUUCGUUAUUGCACUUUUUAACACCGCUAACUUUACAAUAUGCACUCCCCCCACUGAUAUUCUCAGUUUCAGGAAUGAAAGCGCACCUCAAUGUCAUAUAGAAACUAUUGCGUCAAGUAAUCAAUCAUUGCAUGAGACAGUGACGUCAUCAAUCAAGAACAACCACCACCAGCAAGAUCCAGUGACGAGCGUUAUGGCAGAACUAAAGCAAAAGGUAUCAUUUGAAGAGAUUGCUGAAUUCCGCGCAAAGUUCAAUAAAUAUGCUUUGCCUGAUUCAGAGAAAAUAAACAUCGAAAAUUUUGACGAGCUGAUUAAGGAAUGCGAUGAACAAAUACCGCAAUUUAAGUUACGAAAAGUAGUCUGCGAUCGUAGAGCCGCAGGGAAAAGUGACAAGUUGGAAUUUGAAGAGUUUCUUGAUAUCUUCAGUAAAUUAAGCACCAAGGCAGUUGGCGCAAGUUUCAAGCAAACAAUUGAGAAACGAGAAAACCUUAAUACUGUCUCCACAUCAGCAGCAUCUGCGCAAGGCACGAAGCAUUCUUUCCUUGACGCAGAAAAAGAGAUGUUUUCUUCAUGGAUAAACACUUGCUUGCGAGAUGAUAAAUCAUUGAAAGAUCACCUACCAAUCGACGCUAAAAAACCCGAUUCAGUUUUCGUUGCCUUGAAAGAUGGUAUUGUACUUUGCAAACUUAUCAACUGGGCAGUUGCAAAUACAAUUGAUGAACGAGUGAUGAACACUAAGAAAUUGACAGUUUAUACGAUCCAUGAAAAUCAAACUUUGGUUCUUAACUCCGCCCUGGCAAUUGGAUGCAACAUCAUAAACAUUGGGGCAGAAGAUCUGAUUGAUGGUAAACCACAUCUUGUCCUGGGUUUACUCUGGCAAAUUAUAAGGAUUGGUCUCUUCAACAGGAUUAACAUCAAACACUGCCCUGGUAUCUCUGCAUUAUUGGAAGGGGACGAGAGUAUUUCUGAUAUCACCAAACUUUCGCCAGAGGAUAUUGUUUUGCGCUGGGUGAAUUUCCAUAUGCGUGAGACUGGAUAUAUGAGAAACGUUAAGAAUUUCUCAGAAGAUAUCAAGGAUUCUGAAGUCUAUAGUGUCCUCAUGAAGAAGAUUGCCCCACCAACAGUACCCUUGGAUGAGCCCCAUAUAACGGAAUCAGACUUAGUCAAGAGGGCUGAGAAAGUAUUGGAAAACGCCAAGAAACUAGAUUGUGAUUCUUUUGUUCGUCCAAGCGACAUCGUUGAAGGAAAUCCCAAGUUAAACCUCGCUUUCAUGUGUCACCUCUUCAACUCUCAUCCAUCUUUGGAGUUUGACGAAAGUGAAGUUAUUGAUAUUGAAGAGACAAGAGAAGAGAAAACGUUACGAAACUGGAUCAAUAGUCUUGGAGUCAAGCCGCAAGUUCACCAUCUUUUUUCUGAUUUGGCUGAUGGUAUUGCUUUGGCUCAGCUAUUUGAACAGAUCAAACCAGGAGUUGUAAAAUGGAAAUCCAUAACUAUGCCACCGUUUCCGAAACUAUCGGGCAAAAUGAAAAAAUUAGAAAACUGCAACUACGUUGUCACGGUCGCAGAUGAACUGAAACUAUCCGUCGUCGGGAUUGGCGGUCAGGAUAUUUAUGAAGGAAGCAAGAAAUUAAUUCUUGGUCUCGUCAGUCAGGCAAUGCAUUUUUACACCUUGUCCCUGUUGCAGACUAUUGCUGGAUCUGAUAAACCAGUCAAGGAUGAACAGAUUAUCAACUGGGUCAAUGAAAAACUUCAACAACGCGAUAAAGCAUCAAAGGUUGCCAAUUUCAAGGAUCCUACGAUUGGUUCUUCACAAGCGAUAAUUGACCUCAUCGACAGCAUUAAACCCAAGUCAGUGUACUAUCCGGCAGUGCAAACGACGGACACCGACGAAGCGAAAUUUUCCAACGCAAAGUUUGCUAUCUCGAUGGCUCGGAAAGUUGGUGCCCGCAUUUAUGCUCUGCCCGAAGAUAUUGUGGAGGUCAACCCAAAAAUGGUAAUGACGAUCUUCGCCUGUCUCAUGGCAAGCGGACUGAAAUGUGAAUCUUGACAUGCAUGGUAUUACAAAGUAUCCAAAAAUCGCAAUUACUUCAGUACUUAAAAUGACGAUUAUAAUGCAUAAGUACUGGGAAUAUAAGUAUUCUUCAUGUUCAUUAUUAUACGUAUUCAUGCAGGUGCUAUAUACUAGUAAUUGUAAUCGAGAU